AGAUUUUUCUUUUAAAGAGAAAUGAGAAAUCUUUACUCUGUUAGGGUGUGGUGUGUAGUAUAUAUACUGAGGGAAUGUGAAGAGACCCAACAAAGAUUAUACAAUCGCGAGAGGCUUCUCUGUCUAGUUGUGAAACAGAAGAAAGAAUCAAUCUUUCGUCAAUGGAGCCUGACGUGGUGGAGAUCGCUCCUCCUCUGUUCCCUUCUGGUUCGAGAACUCGUAAACCUAGAAAGGCUGGAAUUCCUGAAGUGAUCGAUGUGGAACACUAUGAGUUUCGCAAUGCUAACCUUGUCGAUAAGAAGAACAAAGGGAAGGCUAUACAAGACGGCUCCUUGUAUGAUCAUUUGGCUGAUGAAGAAGUGGUGAUGUCUACUACUCAACCUUGGGGGUUUCCGAGUUCUAGCAGCAAGAGAUCUAGAAGAAGCAGUUCCGCUAGCUCUUCUCGUCCUAGAGCUGCUGUGGAGGUUGUUGUUUCUUCAGCUCAGGCUAAUUUUCUGAGGGACUUUAAAAGAUUUGACACUGUUGAUAAUUUCUCAAAACAUCACUAUGCUUCUCAGGGGAACGCUUCAAAGCAGCACUCAAGGACUUGGGUGAAAAAGAUUCAAGCAGACUGGAAGAUUCUUGAGAAUGAUUUGCCAGAAACAAUAUCUGUGAGAGCCUGUGAAUCAAGAAUGGAUCUUUUGAGAGCUGUAAUUGUUGGAGCUGAGGGGACUCCUUACCAUGAGGGUCUUUUCUUUUUCGAUAUUCACUUCCCUGACACCUAUCCUUCAGUGCCACCAAUGGUUCAUUACCAUUCUGGUGGGCUUAGAAUCAACCCAAAUCUAUACAACUGUGGUAAAGUAUGCUUGAGUCUUCUCGGUACCUGGAAUGGUAACGCUAGGGAGAAAUGGCUCCCACAGGAGUCCACAAUGUUACAGCUUCUCGUCUCAAUCCAAGCACUCAUCUUGAAUCAAAAGCCUUACUUUAACGAACCUGCCUAUGAGCGGACCAAGGGGACUCCAUCAGGCGAGGCUCAUUCCAAAUUUUACAGUGAGAACGUAUACGUUUUAUCGUUGAGGACAAUGGUUUACAGCAUGAGAAAACCACCCAAGCACUUUGAAGAGUUUGUUCGCAGCCAUUACUUUGAGCGGGCUCACGAUAUAGUGAAAGCGAGCAAUGCUUAUAUAGAUGGAGCUCCUGUUGGUUCUAUAGUUAAAGGCGGUGUUCAAGACAUUGAAGAAAGUAGCGAGAAUGGUUCCAUGAAGUUUAGGACCGAAGUGGCUACCUUUAUGAAGACAGUUGUGGAAGAGUUGGUUAAGUUAGGUGUGAAGGAGCUUGAAGAUAAACUGAAACCACCACCUAACGCAGAGGGCAGUAACAAAUCAAACUGUAAGAGAAGCAUAUCAUCGAGGUGAGCCAAGUCCAAGUAUUUUGUUUCAUUAAUCAUCUCCAAGCAGAAGAAGGAACUCAUCUUCUUAUGAUUUGUUAUUUUAGAAACUGAGAAGUAAUUCUCUCUCAUCAUUUUAAGUUGAUGAUUUUUUUUUUCCAGUCGUAUGUGUUAUUAGCAUUCAGUAUCUGAUUGAUUACUUUUAGAUUUUAAUUUUUGAUUUCUGUCAACAGGUUGAGUCUUUAUAUUUAUUGUUUUGUUGUUGUUGGUUA